UAAUUCAUGUCGGUUUUCUUUGCCUUCUUCUGAUCGUGGGGUGUUUUUGCUUUCUCCAAAUAGAGCAACUAGAAUGAUGGACCGUCUUCCUCACGAUGUCAUCCUUGAAAUACUAUCAAGACUUCCUAUAACAACUUUGGUGCAAUCGAAGUCUGUAUGCCGGUCCUGGCGAAGCAUAAUAGGAGGCUCACUACUUGCUAACAAGCAUUUGUUACAUAUGGCCGAGAAUGAUCCCUGCAUCAUCUUUCAAAGUCAUUCACUCAUCCAGAACCAAUACUACUUCGUAGAUUUUGCUGCUUUUAGUGAAGGAAACAAGAGCUUAAAGAAAAUUCAGGCGUCAACAAUACUUCACAAAUCCACAUUUGCAAUCCACAAAUCCGCAUUCUUCGGGAAACUAAUGCAUGCUACUUUGGUUGGUUCAUCGAAUGGCCUGCUAUGCUUUGACAAUAUUUCACAAAUCCACACUUGCAAUCCUUUAACCGGGGACUUGGUAGAGCUGCCGAAGUUAGCAAGGAAUCCUGGAGAAUUGGGAAUUUUAGGAUUCGGUUUCAGUCCAACGAAAAAGGAAUAUAAAGUGGUUGAGAUUGCUUAUCAAAGAAGAAGGUUUAGAACUGAAUCUUAUCAUCCUGCAUCAAAUUCAUUUCAACCCUGGGUUCGAAUUUUAACACUUGGUGGCUCCCAAUGGAGAAGUUUAGGGAUGGUGUCGUACAAAUUUGUUCGACCAAUUUCGCAGGUUAUAGUCAGCGGUAGACUUCAUUGGAUCACUCAACCUGGAAUCAUAAUGAAUAACCGGGUCAUAUCAUUUGACCUAACAGCCGAGCAAUUCCAGGAGGUUCCUCAACCUGAUUAUGGGACCUUAAACAAGCAGUUUUAUGAACUAGUGGUUCUCCGAGGCCAUCUUUGUGCUGCCGUUCCUAAUGCUAGUCUGGGAUUAGACAUCUGGGUUAUGAAGGAAUAUAAUGUCAAAGAGUCUUGGGUCAAAGAAUUUAUCAUUGGAGGUUCCCUGCCAGAGGAGAUACAUAGUAUCCCUGCCACUAGAUCAGAAUUUCGAGCUGUAUGCAGAUUCAGAAGUGGGGAGAUCUUACUGGAACAUAGAAGCAAAUCCUUCUUUCUCUAUGAUCCAGUUAAUGAAAAAUUUGAGAAUCUCGUGUUGAAAGGAGUGCCGAACUGGUCUAAAACUGUUGUUCAUGUUGGCAGUCUGGUUAGUAUCUAAGGUAGUAAAUUAACAAAGAAGAACUGUGGUUUUCUGUUGGUUUUUUUCUCCUUGGCGUAGUUGAACUUGUGUUUUGUAUUACUAAUCAACUUAUGACUUAUACUUGUCGUAUCUUUAUCUUAUAAGGGCUGCAGUGAAGCCUUUGAAUCAGCCAUAUUAGAUUCUAUCAUUCUAAUGGCUUGUGGUUA